AGAGUCAAAGCAACGACACUAGGUUUUGGUUCACUCUCACCCAAUACAGCUAAAAUCGUUGUUAUUCAUCGGAGUUGAAGCUCUGAUUUAUUUGAAUUCAUGGAAGACGAGUCCUCCUCCGCCGGAAUGACGUUUCUGGAAUGCGCGAAAUAUAUCCAGAAAAGUUUCCGAAAUCCAACGGUGAAAUUUCUGAUGGAGAAAUUGGAGGAAUCUGGAUGCGGCAUCCAAAAGAAUUUCAUCAAGGCCGGCCAUUGCCAGGAGGAUUGCUCCGGUGGAUUCACCAGGGGAUCUGGGAUUGUACUCUGCUAUAAUCACUUGCAAUUUCAAGAUCAAGUGGAGCAAACGAUGAUUCACGAGCUCAUUCACGCCUACGAUGACUGUCGUAGUGCUAAUCUCGACUGGAGCAACUGCGCUCAUCACGCCUGCAGUGAGAUUCGAGCUAAUCAUCUGAGUGGAAACUGCCGUUAUAAAUAUGAGCUUCUCCGUGGUUAUGUAAAGAUGAGGGGUCAUGAGCCUGAAUGUGUGAAGCGAAGAGCGUUGCAGUCGGUAAUUGCAAACCCUAACUGCUCCCAAGUAGCAGCAAAGGACGCGGUUGAAGCUGUGUGGAGCACCUGUUAUAACGACACAAAACCCUUCGAUAGAGCUCCUUGAAUUCAAUGUUGCUUUCCUGGAAUUUAUAAUGUUUCUCUUGCGUGAUGUUGAAAAUCACAUACCAAAGGAGUAUGUUAAUUGCCAAAAGUCACAAAUUGUUGACAUUAUUGGUAGCUUCAAGCUUAUGCCUUAUGGUAGCAAUUACAUGCUAAAAUAACCAUUUAUUGUUGCUGGCAUAUUUUUAACACUGAUUUUUCCAUUUCUUUCUAUAUAAAUCUUAUCUGGUUGCUGUUGUA